GGAAAUUGGCAAUUUAUGGAAAGCUAUUCCAACCAAUUGAAGAUAUUAUUACCGAGAAGCUUAUUCCUGCACUGACGGACAGAAGUCAUUGUUUCAUUGAAGAAAGAAAGUUGCUGUCGCUGCCAAAAAGAUAUGCAGGUCUGAAUAUCGUAAAUCCAGUCGAAGAAGCUAAUCUUCAACUUGAUGCAUCUAGAAAGAUCACUGAGCCCUUGAAGAAAAUGAUAAUCGAACAAUCAGAUUCGUACAGAAAACCAGAUUUGUGUGAAGUCAAAGCGAAGCUACGUCAACAGAAAGCAAAUCAGCAUGCGAGAAAGGCCAAAAUUAUCAGAGAAAGUUGA